CAGCUAAAAAGUUUUUGCGCUUUCAAAUAAACAAUAAAAAAAAACCAAAGAAGAAGAAAUAUUUCGUUUCCCAUGGCUCUGCGAGGAGAUGAGCAUGAGUUUAUGAACCUAAGAGAAUGGGAUCGACGAGCUCGAUUAAUCCGCGAGAACCCGACUUCUAGAAGGUUUUCAGCUUCAUACGUUGGAAGCUUCCGAGAAGAUCAUCACAAGUCUUCUUUUAGAACAAACUUUAACAACAUCUCUAGUACUGUUUCUUCUCCUGGCUACACUCUCAAAGAAGAGAUUGACCCAUCAACAUAUUCCUUCACCAAUGCUCUCAAGGCGUUACAAGCAAAGGCUAUGUUCAAUAACAGAGAAUGGUUAACACAUGAAGGGUUUGCGUUGAAUUCAAAGUGGAACGAAGCAGAGAAAUAUAUCUGCAACCCAUUGUCUGGAGAAGUUCCAAUGGAGUGUUUGUCUUCUAAAACAUUAAGUGCAAGAUCCUUCAGAAACUUGACCACCAUGUCUGCUCCUCUUCACUUCACUAAUCCCAAUCCAUUGAUGAACAUCGGUCAAAACAAACCCCAUAAUAAUCCAAACGUUAGAGUCAUUCACGAGGAUCUUUAUGCUCCUGAUCCUGUUCUUGUUCGAGCAGAAAAGAAAGUUGUGGGGCCAAAACGAGAUGUGGGUAUUCAGAGUACGUCGGUGGAUCUUAGCUCCGGUAGCCCUAGCCCGGCAAUGACGCCUCCGAUCAUGGAACGUUCGCUCAACCGACACGUGGAAGCUAAUGACUCGCCCGUGGAUUUUAAUCUCAAAUUAAAAAGUCAACAAGAGGAUGCGAAGGUAGAAGAGAAAGAGAAGGAAGAAGAGAAGCAGGAGAUGAGUAAAGAAGAAGAAGAGCAGCAAGAGAUGAGUGAAGAAGAAGAAGAGAAGCAAGAGAUGAGUGAAGAAGGGAAGAAGAAGAAAACGAAGAGAGGAAGUGGAUGCUUCUCAUGGGUGAGAUCAAGACAAAGACAAACAAGAAAAUCAAAGUACAUCUUCCCAAUUUGUGUUCCUCAUCUUGUCAAAGGUUGUUGAACAAACCUUCAAAACCCGAAAAAAAAAAAAAAAACAGAA